AUGCAUUCGUCCUUGCUAGGCCAAGGAAAAAAAAUAUUAAUGAGUAUUGAUUUAGAUGUUAGGCAAACCAAUAUUAUUGAUACAACUUUACUAAAUCUGACACUGCCAGAUGAAUUCCAUCGUCGUCCGCGUUCGAUUCAACGUUGUAGUUCAUGGAAAGCUCAAGAGUAUCGUACUGUUAUUUUGUAUUUAUGCCCGGUUAUUCUACGUGAUGUUCUCUCUGCUGAUCAUUAUGGACAUGUUCUGUUAUUUGUGUGUGUUAUCAGACUGUUACAUUGUGACUAUAUUAUUUAUAAGCAAGGUGAACUAGCGGAUAUUUUAUUGAAGACUUAUGAAAAUACAAUUGGUGAUUAUUAUGGUAAAAAAUUAUCAACCCUCGUGUUACAUGUUCAUCGACAUUUUCCAAAAGAAUUUUCGCUACAUGGUUCAUCUAGUUCAACAUCAUGUUUUCCACUAGAGAGAAGAAUUCGUUUUUUUCAAAGAGACGCACAUGGUACGCCUAAAAAAAGACGUGGCAUGCAUAUAUGA